AUCACCAGAAAUGAAGUUAACAAGCAUAAUUUUUGCUACAGUUACGCUACAAUUAACUGGUGCACAUACCAACAAUGUUUGUACUAAUUUUUGGGCAUUUUUAAACAUUAUAACAAACCCCCAUUGCUACUACAAUCCUGACGUGUCAGGAAAUAUUACGGAAAUAAUCACGGGUCAUGGUUAUAAAAUGGAAACAUACACAACAACCACAUGGGAUGGAUACAUUUUGGAUAUAUUUCGUAUUCCCGCAGCCAUAAACGACAAUUGCGAAAAUUCGAAACCGAAACAACCCAUUUUUUUCGUCAAUGGUAUCAACAGGGAUGCCAGAGCUUGGUUACUAAUGAGCGGCCAAUCCCCUGCACUUUAUUAUGCAUCUAAAUGUUACGAUGUUUGGCUGGCAAAUGUAAGAGGUACUGCUUACAGCAAACACAUAACUAGAGACCCCAACAGUAAGGCCUAUUGGGACUUUAGUUUCCACGAACAGGCUAUCAUAGAUAUUCCAGCAAAUCUCGACGUAGUAGCCAAAGUUACAGGACAAGCAGGGAAUAUAAUUUACGUCGGCCAUUCUAUGGGCACGACCAUAUCAUACAUUUAUUGUUCCGUUAAUGUAACGCAUUGUAAAAAUAAUUUGAAAGCAGUGAUAUCUCUGGCACCAAUUGCAAAUCUCAAUAAGUUGAAAGUGCCGUUCCACUAUUUGUUGGCGUACAACAGCAAACUUUUGCAGAGUAUGCUUUCUUUAGUGCAUCUUUAUUGGUUUCCAUUACAACCGAUCUUUAGAUUGUGCGUUAAUUUUCCAAUAAUGGGACCUUGUGCUAUGAUGCUACAAUUUUUUAUAGGCAAAAGCCAACCAAAUAAUUAUCCAGAAUUCCUGCCUGGUUUCAUGUUUAAUGGGGUCACUCCUGUUGGUGUAAAACUUAUAAUGCAUUACUCUCAAAUUAUGAUUAAAAAAGGGCGAUUCGCUUGGUAUGAUCAUGGAACUUCAAAAAAUUUAAUUGUGUACAAUUCAAAAGUACCACCAUUAUAUGAUGUGAGCAACAUUCCUGUCAAUGUUGACUUGAUUUUUGCGAACGACGAUUUACUUUCUUAUAAAGAUGACGUCAUGGUUUUAUACAAGAAUUUACCAAGCAGUUUGAAAUCAAUAUCUGAAGUUCCGACAAACUCAAGUAAAUAUAUGAACCAUAUGGACUUCCUAAUAAGCCAAAAUAUAGGAAAUGUCUAUGAUACAAUUAACAUAAAACUCAAAAAUUACUCGACUUGAUUCUAAACAACUUUUAAAACAUAAUUUUGAAUUAUUCUGGUAAAAUGACUCUUAUCUUAUGUCUAUUCCGUGAGAAAAAAUAUAAUAAAAAACUUUGGAAUAUUUUA